AUGGAGGAAAAGUUUCAGUUUCUUGCAGUCCUUGCCAAAGCUCAAGACAUGACCAGGUCCAAGAGCGUUGACGUUCAAAGCAAAGUCAUAUCUGUUUCCGUUUGCUUAAAAUCUGGAAAUCAGGAAGUUCCGUCUCAGGAGCCCCCCGCUACGGCUAAGGCUCUUGCUCCUACUAUUAUUCAUGAGACCCCUCAGGUUCAUCAGGACUCGGCCCUCUCAUCGCCGGGGAAAAAAUGGUCAGCUCUCUUUGAAGAUUCCACCUCUCUGCAAAGUAUUGGUACCCCCACUACUCACGCCUCGGGAGUUCCUUUCAUCCUCAUCCCAGACGAAAAUCUAGAUGCAGCAAAGGAGGAAUUCAAAGAUUUCAUCUUCGCCCAGUUCCACGGCCAGCCGCCAGAAAUGGGCAGGAUUAUUGGUGUUAUUAAUGCCAUAUGGGCCCGCACAGGACCUCGGAUCUUUGUGCACCGCAUCGGUUCUGGUACCUUCCUCUUACGGAACCCUGAUUUCAACCCGAAAGAGGCCCCGAUCACCAAAGCUCAGGUCAUGGUUGAAUUCCGGGGGAUCCCAUAUCUGUUCUUUAACAAAGAGAGUCUAGGGCGCAUUGCCUCUGGAGCUGGUGACCCUAAAGCCCUUUCCCCUGAAACUGCUCGAAAAGAGACCUUUGAGGUAGUCAAGAUUCUAGUAGAAGUAGACCUCCUUAAGGAGCUGCCCACAAAACUCAUCUUCGGGCUGACAAACGGCAAGGAAUUUGAAGUGACAGUGUCGUAUCCAUGGCUGCCUCCAAAGUGUGGGGAGUGUGGUAACCACGGCCAUGCCAGCUCUCACUGUAUCAGGAGACCUCCUCCAAAUCAGACUAAGCGAAAACCGCAAUCCCGCUCUCGAAGCCGGGCCCCCAGCAAAGGAAAAGUCCGGGGACGAUCAAAAUCAAAAGCUCCUCGCCGAUCUUCCUCACGGCCUCGGGACCCUGCGCCACCCUUUCCUAAAGGCUCGCAGAGAGCCACUACCAAAGAUAGCAAAGGCAGGGGCGCAGCCGCAGUAGCCGCCUUAUUAGAGCAGCACGUCCCAAUAAAACAUGUGCCCCCUCAGCACCCUUUCUUCCUCAUCACGCGCAGGAAGAGUGGCCGCAAGGAUAUGACUAGGGCCUGGAUAAAUAGUCACAAGCGUCUUUAUGGUGCGUUCACUGAGACGCACAUCCAGCCAUCAAAUUCUAGAAGAAUCGAGAAUGCUAUCCCUAGGGGCUGGAGCUACCAUGGGAACUUUAGUGCUCAUCACACAGCCAGAAUUGUUGUGGUAUGGGAUCCCCGGGCAACUGUCGUAGUCUACAAAGAAUCGCUGCAGAUGGUUACAUGUGGGGCCAACUUAUUCGAGGCUCCAAGUAAGGGCUUGACAUAUUCUUGGUGGAACAAGCAUGACCAGCACCCGGUUUCUAAGAGGAUUGAUCAUGCGCUGAUUAAUGAGUAUUGGGCAUCUAAGUUUCCGGAUGCCUUCUCUGAGCUCCUGGACCCCCUGCAAUCAGACCACUCGCCUAUCUUGUUCGCCAUGCCGACACUCACACGUGGGAGCUGUAAGCCGUUCAGAUUUUUCUGCCAUGUGGUUGACCACGAGGAGUACCCAGCGGUAGUGUCAGAGUCUUGGAACCCUGCUGCGAUAAUGGGCUCAGCGCAGUUUAAACUUCUCCGCUGCCUAAAACUGCUCAAACCGGCUCUUAAGCGAAUCAACAAGAAUCACUUCAGUAUCCUUUCUCGGAGGGUAAAGGAGCAGGAGAUGAUUACAACAGGGCUCCAGCGUCAGUUGCUCACUUCUCCAAACCCGCUACUUGCAAACGAGGAGCGAAAUACCCACCAGAGAUGGAAUGCCUUGCUCAAAGCCGAAGAGAAGUUCUUCCGGCAAAGAUCAAGGGUCAAGUGGUUGCACCUAGGGGACCGGAACACCUCCUUCUACCACAAAAUGGUCACCAUGUGCCUUUCUAAGAAUCACAUUUACUUCCUAAGAAAUGUGCAGGGACAGCGUCUAGCCUCUUCCGCGGAACUCAAACAAUAUGCGGCGGAAUACUUCAUGUCCAUAUUCGGCUGCACAGACAUGCCAAUCUCCCCGUCUGAGAUAUUUUUCAGUGGCUAUCCAGCUUCGGAGGCUACAUCUAUCAGCGCUGAAAUGGGAAUCAAGAUUGGUACCUUCCCGACCAGAUAUCUGGGGCUGCCGCUGAGCUCUCAACGGCUGACCUUCUCGGUGAUGCAGCCAUUCCUAGAAAAAAUUAAAAGGAAGCUUCACGCCUGGACAACAAAGUUCCUCUCCUUCGCAGGCAAGAUCAAGCUCAUAUCCUCGGAAGUUUACGGUAUGGUCAACUUCUGGAGUCAAGUGUAUAUGCUGCCAAAAGAGUUCUAUGCGAAAGUUGACUCCCUCUGUGCUGCCUUCCUUUGGAAAAACACUACUCACUCAGCUGCAGGAGCAAGAGUUGCUUGGGAGGAGAUAUGCAAGCCGAAGUCAGAAGGAGGUUUGGGUAUUCGAUUACUGGCUGACUUUGAAAAGGUCUUCAGGUUGAAGCAGACAUGGAAUCUCUUUGCAAACUCGGGUUCUCUUUGGGUUGCAUGGGUUAAUCGAAAUAUCUUUAACAGGAAAAGCUAUUGGGUGACGGGUGAUUCGCCAAGGUUCUCAAGAGCAAUUAGAUGCAUGCUCCAACAAAAGCAUAUCCUUUCCACCUUCCUAAAGUGUGAGGUCAAGGAUGGUUCUUCGGUUUCUUUCUGGUGGGACUCAUGGACAGAUUUGGGUCCUCUAAUACACUACAUAGGGGUCUCGGGUCCAGUGAGUCUAAGGCUCCGCAUUGAUGCAAAAGUAGUUGAUGCAACAAGGGUGGGAAGCUGGAAUAUGGCUAAUGCCAGAUCGAACGAAAUCCAGAACCUGCAAAUACUGCUUACAACCAUCUCCCCUCCUGAAGCAGCCAAGGGACAAGAUAUCUACCGUUGGAGAAACCCAGCAGGUACAUAUUCCCCUGCUUUCUCCUCAAAAGGCACCUGGGAGCAGCUUCGUACGGCAUCGGUGCAAGUCCCAUGGGCAAAUGUG